AGUGCGGCUGCGCGCGUUUGCUCAGCAGAGGCGUCGUGAUGGCGGCGGCAGCGGCAGGAGGAGGACGAGAAGGAGGAAGUUUUCGCCGCUGCUCUCAGCUCCUGUCGUGUCUGCUGCUGGCGGCUCGCUGCUGGAUGUGCGCUGGUUCCGAGUUCGAGGUCGCCGGCGGGGAGAGGUUCAAGAUCGAGGGCCGGGCGGUGGUGCCGGGAAUCAAGCCGCAGGACUGGAUCCACACGGCCAGGGUGUUGGUGGAGGGAGAGGAGCACGUCGGCUUUUUCAAAACAGAUGGAACAUUCACUGUGAAUGAUGUCCCUUCUGGAUCAUAUGUCGUGGAAGUUGUUUCACCAGCAUACCAUUUUGAACCUGUGAGAGUUGACAUUACCUCCAAAGGUAAAAUCAGAGCAAGGCAGGUGAAUUAUUUAAAGGCAUCCGAAGUCAUUAGACUGCCUUAUCCAAUUCAGAUCAAAUCUUCUGGUCCUCCUCCGUACUUUAUGAAACGAGAAACAUGGGGUUGGACAGACUUCCUCAUGAAUCCUAUGGUAAUGAUGAUGGUUCUUCCAUUGUUGAUCAUCCUCUUGUUGCCAAAGGUGGUCAACACUAAUGAUCCUGAAAUGCGACGGGAGAUGGAGCAGUCCAUGAACAUGUUGAACCCGAAUCACGAGUUGCCGGAUGUUUCUGAGUUUAUGACUCGUCUUUUCACUUCCAAAUCAUCUAAAUCUGGAAGUGGCAAUAAGGCUAGCAAGAGUGGAGCGGUAAAAAGGAGGUAGUCCCUCGGAAUUUCAUUCAAGGUUAAUACACUGCCUAUGUGUGCUCUAAAGAAAAAUCACUAGUAGAAUACUGGGCUGCUUGCAAGGCAAAAUACAAUUUGAAAACUGCAUAUGACUUCUUGAAGACAAGGCUUUGGUGUUUAUGUAUAUUUUGACACAUCAAAAAUUCUGUGUGCUUGCAGUGACUGGUACAUUCUGAAGAUUUAUUAUAAUUUAAUUAAGGUGUAAUGCAAAAUAAUAUCCUAGUUUAUUUACUGCAACUUUUGGUAAGUAUUUUUAAUACAUUCAAACUGUGCGAGAAAUGAAAGUAAUAUAAAAGUGAAAUAUUUCAAAUCCCUGUUCAUUUUCUGUUGUACAAGGUCCAAAAUUAAUGAAAGUAUAUUCAAGAUAACUUUGUUUCAGAGAUAUGUAUAUUUCAAGUGCACAAAAUAAAAUAAUACAAAUAGA